AUGCCCAAGGGCCUCUUGCCAAAAUUCAUGCGACACGCACUAGACAACUCGCAAGAUGGUGGACAAGACGAAUUAAAGGGUAAAUAUGGAAGACAGUCCGUGAAGAAGGAGUUUAAAGUGGUGACUACGAACCUGAAUUUUAGCAGUGGUGACUGGAUACUCCAUCCAUAUUUACAUGGGACCUACACUGCGAGAGAAUUCGUUAGAGCCCAAGGGUUUCCGGAUAGCUUUACCUGGGAUAUGGAUAACACAAAGAUAACAGACAUCCACAAACAAAUUGGAAAUGCCGUGCCAAUUCCACUUGCACGAGCACUCGGAAACGAACUAUGGAAAGUCUUGCAGGACAAAUCAAGUGCACGAAGAGAGGUUGACUAUGACGGAGAAAUGGUUGAUCGAGAAGAGGUUAAACUCAACGACGAGUUCGAAGUAAAGCUGAAUAUAGGUACGGAGGUGGUGGUGGACAGUGACAGUGAUGAUGAAAACGUGGAUGAUCAAGAAGAUGACGAGCCAGAGGAUGAAGUGGAUCAGGAUAUGGAGAUAGACAAAGUCAUGACCAGCACCGCAAGACAGGAAGGAACAUGGUUGAAUACUGGAUGGAGCAGGGAUAAUGCGAUUGUGCUUGACGAUUCAGACUGA